AGCAUAAUUCAGUGACACGAAGUCAUUCGACGGCAAAGUGUCUGACGUUUCUAUCUUAUGUCAGUUGAAAAACUAAAAAUACAAGCAUGUAAUAAUACCUGAGUGAUUUUGAAAUGAUUCUCAUCAUUAAACAUAAAAUAAUAUUUCUUUUUAAUUAUUUAUAACAAAAUUAAAUAAUUAAUAGAUUAAUUGCAAUAAUGCAUUUGUGAUUUUCUUUUAUUUUUUUACGGACGAUUGAACGUGUCAGUGCAUAACAAUGUGUUAAAAAAAUUGCAUUCUCAUAAUUUAAAAAUAAAUAAGUAAAUUUUUAAAAAUAGUAUCAGCCUCAAUAAAUUAAAUUUUCAAAAAUGUCUAUGAAGAAAGAAUCUCCAUGGGAUGUAGAACUGCAUCUUUCAGCGGCUCGUGGUGAUGCAAAACGUCUGCAAGUUCUUUUAGACUCGGGACGUGUUCAUGUCGACUGCAAAGACAAGGACGGGACAACCCCACUUAUAUUAGCGGCUGCUGGGGGCCAUAUUGAGUCUGUUACUGAGCUAUUACAACAAGGGGCGGAUCCAAAUGCCAAAAGACUGACUGGAACAACUUCUCUAUUUUUCGCAGCUCAAGGCGGUUUUGUAGACAUUGUUACACUUCUCAUUGAGCAUGGUGCCAUCAUAGACUCUUGCAGUAUUGAUGGUGGAACACCACUUUUUGUUGCUUGUCAAUGUGGUCAUUUGGAAGUCGUCGUAGAAUUAAUUGAAAAGGGUGCUAAUGUAAAUGCUCAUAUGAAGGAUGGUGCCACAGCAUUAUUUAUAGCCGCACAAAAUGGUCAUAUUCGAAUACUAGAAAUUUUAUUAUCACAAGGAGCUAAAACAGAUGCAGCAAGAACUGAUGGCGCAACUCCACUCUGGAUAGCCGCUCAAAUGGGGCAUGAUCAUGUGGUCAGGAGACUCUUGAAGGCCGGAGCCAAGGUCGAUGCUACCAGACAUGACGGUGCUACUCCGCUCUUCAAAGCCGCUCACAAAGGCCACACUGCAGUGAUUGGUGAAUUACUAAAAUAUCGACCAUCUCUUGAUAUUCUUCCAAACGGGGAAAGUGCAUUGCACGCAGCAGCCUUGGCUGGACAUAUGACCGUCACGAGACAAUUAGUUGGAGCCGGUGCUGAUCCUCUGCUUGUUAACCAGGAGGGUAUUACCCCACUUCAACUUGCCAUUAGACACUCGCAAACCCAAGUUGUUAAUUAUCUCAAAGAUAAAAUUAGAACGCGCACUGCAUCACGUUAAUUAUUUUAAUUAUUAUCUAACAUUAGUCUUUAUUUUAAAAACGCUGACUUAUUUUCACAUUAAAUUUAUCUCGAAAAUUUUUAAUUAUUUAAUUUUUGAGCCUUAAUUAUAAAAUGGAAAUGUUUUUUUGAGUUUAGGAAACGGAUCAGUAUUUUUUAAAAUUAUUUUUUAUUUUAGUAAAAUAUAAUAUUAAAUAAAUAUAUAAAAAAAAUAUAUAAAAUAUUUUUACACUAAAAUAAAUAAUUACCUUUAAUUUAAAGGUAAAUUAAUGGCCGGGUGUUGCAUUAUUAUUGUAUAUGAAUAUAUGUUAUAUAUAUUUAAUAUUAAUUAUCAUUUAAGUAAUUAGACGAGUUUAUUUAUAAAUAAAAUAGUUAUUUUAAAUAACUAAUUCGGCAGUAAUCCAAAUAAAUCUAAUUUAUUGUUAUUAAUUAAUCUGAUAAUUAAUUUAAAAUUAUGGUGUAUCGUCAACUGAUCCCAACAAUUUUAUACCACAAGUGAUCUCUACAAAUUGAUCUUACCAACAUCUGAUUUCAUUGAUCUGAUCUUCGAUUGAUUUUUGUCAAUAACUUGAGUCAGAAAAAUAACUUGAUUUUGACUAUGGUUUUUUUUGACUUGCAUUUGACUCAGUUAACUUAAUUUUAGCUACACUUACUUUUUUUGACUUCAAUAUCAGUUUUUUAACUUAAAUAUUUAAGUCAAUUAAAUGAAAUUCAAGUCAAGUUUAACUUAAAUGAUUUAAAUUUAAGUCAACUGAGUCAAAUUAAAGUUACGUUGACUUAAAUGUAACUUAAAUGGCUUGGAUUUAAGUCAGCAAAGUCAAAUUCAAGUCAAGUUUCGCUUAGAUUUGACUCAAAAAUUUAAGUCAUCUGAGUCAAAUUCGAGUCAUUGACUUGAAUUUAACGUCUAUGACUUGAAUUUAAGUCAACUAAGUUAAGUUUGACUUGGAUUUGACUAAAACUUUAGGUCAACUGAGACAAAUUUGAGUCACAUUGACUUAAAUUUAACUUCUAUGACUUGAAUUUAAGUCAACUAAGUCAAGUUUGACUUGAAUUUGACUUACUUGAUUUAACAAUUUAAGUCAACUGUCAAAUUCAAGUCAACGUGACUUUAAUUUAACUUUAAUAACUUAAAUUUAAGUCAAUUGAGUCAAAUUAAAAUCACGUUGACUUGAAUUUAAUUUAAAUGACUUGAAUUUAAGUCAACUUAGUCAAAUUCAAAUCACGUGAACUUGAAUUUAACUUAGAUGACUUGAAUUUAAGUCAACUAAGUCAAAUUCAAGUCAAGCUUGGCUUGGAUUUGACUCAAAAAUUCAAGUCAACUGAAUCAAAUUCAAGUCAACUGAAUCAAAUUCGAGUCAUUGACUUGAAUUCAAGUCAACUAAGUCAAAUUUGACUUGGAUUUGACUUACUUGAUUUAAAAAUUUGAGUCAACUGUCAAAUUCAAGUCAAGCUUGGCUUGGAUUUGACUCAAAAAUUCAAGUCAACUGAAUCAAAUUCGAGUCAUUGACUUGAAUUCAAGUCAACUAAGUCAAAUUUGACUUGAAUUUGACUUAUUUGAUUAAAAAAUUUAAGUUAACCGUCAAAUUAAAGUCAGCAUAACUUUAAUUUAACUUGAAUAACUUGAAUUUAAGUCAACUGAGUCAAAUUAAAAUCACGUUGACUUGAAUUAGACUUAAUUGACUUGAAUUCAAGUCAACUAAGUUAAAUCCAAGACAACUUGACUUUAAUUUGACUUAGUUGGCGUAAAUCGGUAAGUAAGACAACAGUCAAAAGCAUAUCAAAAUCAUGAGUUUCCAUAUCUUAAAAUAUGUUUUUCAUUAAUUAAAAUAUGAACUUAAACUUGGCUUGCUUUUGUCUUCCUAGACUUGCUUUAUUAUCAAUUUUCAAAAUUACGCCAAAAUCAAGUUACUUUUUUGACCCGGGAACCAGUUUACAUAAUUUAACUUCUUACAUUUACAACAGUGAAUUUUAAUUAUUUAUGUCAUAGUAAUUAAUUAAUAACUAAUUAUUUAAUGAAAUUGUCUAUGGGAUCAAUUGUCGUGUGAUCACUUGUCGGGGAUCGGUUGUCAUGGAACCUAAAAUUAUUAAUUAAUUAGUUUGUUUAUUAUUUUAUUACCGUCCAAAGUUAAAUAAAUAUUUUGUCAGUCUUAAUUAAUAAUUAAUGUAAAUUAAAAGACUGACGGAUUUGCCUUGAUAUGAAUUAAAAAUAAUAACAGUGCAAUGUAAUUAAAAAUAAUUUAAAUUAAUGUAGAGUUUAAAUUAAAAUUUAAAAAAAGGAUAGCGUAAUUUAAAAUAAUAUUAUUUAAUUAUUAUUAUUAUUAUUUAUAUAAAUAUAUUGAUGUAUUAAAAAUAACAUACAUUUUGAAUCAUUCCCUCGUAUAUUUAACUAUCUAAAAAAUAAUAACUAUUUUCUUAGUCUUCCUACACUGUUAAUGUGUUAAUUAAUUAAUAACUAAU